AUGGAUGAAGAAGUACAUUACAGUAAAGUUGAAGAUGUGAUUGGAAGUCAUGUAGAAGAUGCAGUAACGUUUUGGGCCCAGAGUAUCAGUAGAAAUAAGGAUAUUAUGAAGAUUGGUUGUUCACUGUCUGAAGUCUGUCCCCAUGCCAGUUCAGUUUUUGGGAAACUUGAUCCAAAGAAGAUUUAUGGAGGAUUAUUUUCUGAAGAUAAAUGUUGGUACAGAUGCAAAGUACUGAAAAUAAUCAGUGAUGAAAAGUAUCUGGUGAGAUAUAUUGACUAUGGAAAUAGUGAAAUUCUAAGUCGAUCUGAUAUAGCUGAGAUUCCUUUAGAUCUACAGUUUUCUAGUGUUGCCAAAAAGUAUAGACUUUGGGGACUACAGAUUCCUUCUGGCCAAGAAGUUACCCAGUUUGAUCAGGGCAGAAUCUUUUUGGGGAGCUUGAUUUUUGAAAAGCAAAUAAAAAUGAGAAUUAAAGCAACCUAUCAAGAUGGAACAGUUAUUGCUCAGGCUGAGUAUGGCAGUGUGGAUAUAGGGGAAGAGGUGGCUAAGAAAGGAUUUGCAGAAAAAUGCAAACUUACUUCCAGCACUAACAUCUGUGAGGAAAAAAAAUCGGAUCCUGGUCAGCUUGUCCUCAGGAACCUCAAAAGCCCCAUUCCUUUGUGGGGGCAUAGCUCAAACCAGUCACCUUUCAUCAGGCCAAAGGACCACUUAAGUGGGAGGCUGUCUCUUGACUUGAAGAGUGAAAAUGAUGCAGGAAAUCAUGUGACAUUUCCAAAGGAAAAUUUGGCUGUUGGUGGCUUUAAUUUUGGGUUGAAUGUCAGCCUGGCAAAAAUUAAGCAGGACCAGAAACUGAUUGAAGAAAAUGAAAGGCUUAAAACAGAGAAGGAGGUUCUUCUUGAAAGGUAUAAGGCAUUAGAAUUGAAAGUAGAACAGACUGUCCAGGAGCUUCAGCAAGAGAAAGCAACUACCAUGGAUUUGACUAAACAUUUAGAAAGUACUCUUAAGACUUGUGUAGGUACCAGAAUGAAAAAUCUAGCAGCUAAGGUUGAAAUAUUGAAAGAAAUUAGAUGCGUCAAUAUCAAUGCUCAUUUUGGAAAUGACCUGUCAGAUGCUAUACAAGUGUUGGAUGAAGGCUGCUUUACUCUCCCAGCUUCUCUGAAUGAAUUAGAGAUAAUUUGGGCAGAAUACUCUCUGGCUCAGGGGAAGAUUCAAGCUUGUCAGAAUAUGAAUGAAGGGAAUAUUUUGAUAGCCAAAAGAAAUGAAGUACAACAGAAGCUGUACAUGGCAGUAGAAGUUUUUAUUCUGGAAGUUGAUGAGUUACCUCUUAAUAAACGCUUGAAAACAUUACAGGAUUUGUCAGCCUCUUUAGAAGCAGUAUAUGGACAGGCCAAAGAAGGGACAAACUCUGAAGAAAUACUGAAGAAAUUUUAUGACUGGAAGUGUAAUAAAAGAGAGUUGUUCACCAGCGUUAGAAGUGAAACAGAGGUUUCUCUACAACAUCUUGUAACAUGGUUUCAGAGUACCUUAAAGGCCUUUGAUCUAUCUGUGGAAGAAUCACUGACUUCUGAAGACACAAUUGGUAAUAUUGAUGAAAUCCUAGAGAAGGCUGGGUCAAGUGUCUGCAAAGAGCUGGAGAUAUGUCUGAUUGAGCAAGGUGAUGCAGACAAGGAGAUCACUUUAAAUGCAUAUAGUCAAGUAGUACAAAAGAUCCGUUCAGAGGAAAGGCUUAUUGCCACAGUACAAUCCAAGUACAAGGACAGUGUUGAGUUUAAGAAACAGAUUAUUGAAUGUUUAAAUAAGAGCCCCAAUGUGGAUCACUUGCUGUCCAUUAAAAAGACACUGAAAAGCUUAAAGGCUCGACUGAGAUGGAAAUUGGUUGAAAAGAAUAAUUUGGAAGAAUCCGAUGACCAUGAUGGAUCUGAGAUUGAGGAAAUAAAACAGGAAAUAACUCAGUUGCAGAAUAGUGUCUUUCAGGAAAUUUAUCAUGAGCGGGAGGAAUAUGAGAAGCUGAAUAGCUUGGUACAGAAAUGGUUCCCUGAGCUUCCUCUACUUUAUCCUGAAAUAGGAUUACUUAAGUACAUGAACUCUGGUGGUCUUCUUACAAUGAGCUUGGAAAGGGAUCUUCUUGAUGCUGAGCCCAUGAAGGAACUUAGCGGGAAGCGUCCUUUGGUAUGUUCUGAGGUUAACGGGCAGAUAAUUCUUUUAAAGGGCUAUUCUGUGGAUGUCGACACAGAAGCCAGGGUAAUUCAGAGAGCAGCCGCGUAUCACAGAGCUUGGAGAGAAGCUAAAGAAGAGUCUGGGUUGCUACCAUUGAUAUUCCUAUUUUUGUGUAAGUCUGAUCCUAUGGCUUAUCUGAUGGUCCCAUACUAUCCUAGGGCAAACCUGAGUGCUAUUCAAUCCAGCAUGCCUUUAACUUUAGAAGAAGCUUUAAAGGUCAUGAAAGGUGUUGCCCAGGGCCUGCAUACAUUGCACAAGGCUGACAUAAUUCAUGGAUCACUUCAUCAGAACAAUGUAUUUGCUUUAAACCGUCAACAGGGAAUUGUUGGAGAUUUUGACUUCACCAAAUCUGUGAGUCAGCGAGCCUCAGUGAACAUGAUGAUUGGUGACUUGAGUUUGCUAUCACCUGAAUUGAAAAUGGGAAAACCUGCUUCUCCAAGUUCUGACUUAUAUGCUUAUGGCUGCCUUUUAUUGUGGGACGAUAAUGUCAAAUCCCUCCUCUGUAGCUUGAUCUAUUGUAGAAGUUCAAUGACUGCUGAGCAAGUUUUCAAUGCUGAAUGUUUCUUGCUACCAAAGGGGAAAUCAACUCCAAACUCAGAAAAAGAUACUGAAUACACCCCCAAAAAAGAGGAAGAAUAAUUAAAGGUGGAGAACUUGGAUAAAGAUAAGGAAAAGACAAGAUAUGGUGAAGCCAGCUUUGAUUGAUUAAUAUUCUUUUGUUGUUGCAGAUGUUCCUUUUUAAAACUUUGUUUAGUUUGGUUAAAUAAACAGAAAAAAAUC